AUGUACAUUUCUAAGCUUCUCCUGACGGCGGUGACCGUGGCUAAGUUGGUCUUUGGCGGCCGAAUUGCGGAAUGGCAGGAUUCGGAGCUCAAAAUUAUGCCUCUCGGCGACAGCAUCACCGAGAUCACCUGCUGGCGUGCCCUGGUGUGGGACAUGCUGGCUGAGGCUAACUACGCCGACCAGGUCGAGUACGUCGGGUCGCAGAACAGCAACCCGCAGAACUGCAAGCCUAAUACGGCGAACUGGGACCAGCACCCCGAGGGCCACUCGGGCUGGCUGGCCAUUGACAUCGCCAACAAGUACCGCGAGGGUUGGCUGCAGAGGACGCCCGCCGACAUCAUCAUGUUCAUGCUGGGCACCAACGACGUCUUCCAGGGCCACUCGACCGACGACAUCAUAGCCGCCUACACCAAGAUGGUCAUAAUCAUGCGCGCCUCGAACCCCAAGACGAAAAUCAUCGUCAACCUAGUGAUCCCCCUCGGCGUCGGCUCCACCGCUGCCAUCGCCACCCUCAACGGGCGGAUCCCCACCUGGGCCGAGGGG